UCUGAUGAGUCAAGUUCAUCUACUUCUCGUUCUUCAUACUUCUCACCCCACGGAAUCGAGAGAAUCGGAUCUCAUCUGUUGGCUUUGAAUCAAUAAAAAACAUGCUGCCUAACGAAUCUAGAAUCGGACUCCGGACAUGGGUUGUUCUUUUUCUCGUCAUCUUUCCCACCUUCUUCUUCAGCUCGGCCAUUUCUGGUGCCGAGCCCCGUGUAGCUGCAAAGAAAAUAUUUAUGAGAGAGAAGGUCCGGAAAAUGUUUUAUCAUGCCUACAACAACUACAUGACUUAUGCAUUUCCACAUGAUGAGCUAAAACCUCUUACAAAGACUUUCACUGACUCGCUUAGUGAGCUUGGGAAUUUGAAUCUUGAACACCUACCUCAAAACUACAAUGGAUCAGCCUUGACACUUAUUGAGUCAUUGUCCAGUCUUGUCAUACUGGGUAACUACUCAGAAUUUGAAAGGGCAGUUAUUUGGCUUUCUGAAAAUCUUACCUUUGAUGUUGAUGCAAGGAUACAUCUGUUUGAGUGCAAUAUAAGAGUUCUUGGAGGGCUUGUAUCUGCUCAUAUUCUUGCCACUGAUCCUACUAACGGGUUGGAUCAAGGAAUUUACAAGAACCAGCUACUUAAUUUGGCUGAAGAUCUAGGGAGACGUUUCCUAUGUGCUUUCGAUACUCCCACUGGAUUGCCAUAUGCAUGGAUCAAUCUUAAGCACGGACUGAUGGAGAAUGAGACUACUGAGACUAGCACAUCUGGGUGUGGUUCUCUCAUCCUUGAAAUGGGAUCAUUAUCACGAUUAACUGGUGACCCCAGAUAUGAAGCUGCAGCUUUGCGUGCCCUUCGUAAGCUAUGGAGCAUGCGAAGUCCUUUGAAUCUCCUAGGCACAACACUGGACGUGGUCACUGGGGAAUGGCUAGAGUAUUCAUCUGGAAUUGGAGCUGGAGUCGAUUCUUUCUAUGAAUAUCUAAUCAAAGCCCACAUUCUUUUUGGAAAGGAUGAGUUUUGGGACAUGUUCAAGUCUGCUUAUCUUGCUGUACAGAAAUAUUUCCGGCAUGGACCAUGGUAUCAUGAAGCUGACAUGAGGACAGGGAAGGCAACCUAUUGGCAACUUACUAGCCUUCAGGCUUUCUGGCCUGGCCUACAGGUUCUUGUUGGAGAUCUUGCAGCUGCUAAUUCAUCACAUCGUGAGUUUUUUCAUGUGUGGGAGAGGUUUGGUGUGCUACCAGAAAGAUACCUGCUGGACCGUGAGAUGUUGCAUCCUACAGAAAAAUAUUAUCCUUUGCGGCCUGAAUUAGCAGAAUCCACACUAUACCUUUACCGAGCAACCAAAGAUCCUUGGUACAUAGAAGUGGGUGAAUCAAUUGUGAACUCUCUCAAUAUAUACACCAAAGUAGAAGGUGGGUUUGCAAGCAUCAAGGAUGUGACAACAAUGCAACUGGAAGAUCAUCAGCAUAGCUUUUUUCUUGCUGAAACGUGCAAGUAUCUCUAUCUUCUCUUUGACGAUUCAUUUUUGGUCAAUAAAAAUUUCAUCUUUACAACUGAGGGUCACCCUCUUCCAGUGAGAAGUGAUUGGCAUGAGAAACUUCCAGAGAUCUACACUCCAACUAACUGGACUUGCAUCAAGAAUGAAAAACAAGGAAAACGUGCAAGUGCAAUGUCUUUGCAAAUCUGUCCAGCUGAUAUUCUUUCCCCAAGAAGAGGAAAUUAUGUUCAUGGUGUUGAGAGUAUAUGCCAUGUCCCUGAUUCUCGUGCAGACCACAGGUGUAUGAGUGAUGUCGAAUGUGGAGUCGAAUCAAUUAGUUGCAGGCAAAGGUCAUGCAGCAUAGCUGGAUACUGUGGGCUAUGGCUCUAUGUAAUUUGAUCCUCUGCUGAUCAUUUUGAACGUCCAGUGUAACAAAUCAUUCUUUUCAUGACAAAAUGCAAACCCCCCAU